AUGACGUCUUUUCUUAUUGAGAUUCAUUUCAUCCUGGCAUCAGAAGGAACCUCAUCUCGAACAUCUGAAAAGCUUGACACAACGACAGCCACCACACCGCAGCCCUUCUCCGUACCGGUAUUGUUUACCGAGAUUGAUCAUGAACCAAAGAACAUCUGGACUGACUAUGGCCCUACUGAGAGGCGAAUCAUCGCCAAAGGAUGGGUCAAAGAGGAGGGUCGCAAGGCAUUUUCGGUUGAUACAAUCUGGGACAAGGAUGUCCGGAUUCCGCUCCGCGAUGGUGUCGAACUCUUGGGUGACGUUUUUCGUCCAGUGACGUCCGACGACAAGCAUGUCCCGGCUAUCAUGCCAUGGAGUCAUUACGGCAAGACCGGAACAGGCAUUCAGCAGCUCGACAUGUUUCCAUGGAGAGUCGGCGUGCCUCGUUCCGAAACAAGUGGUCUGGAGAAGUGGGAGGCGCCUGAUCCUGCUGAGUGGGUUACCCGCGGCUAUGCGGUUGUGAACAUCGAUGCUCGCGGGUCCUUCAAAUCCGGCGGCGAUCUCGUUGCGUACGGGACUCAAGAGGGCCGUGAUGGGUACGACUGUAUCGAGUGGAUCGCGCAGCAACCCUGGUGUAAUAAGAGGGUGUCCAUGGCCGGGAACUCAUGGCUGGGGACAACGCAAUGGUUCAUCGCUGCUGAACAACCUCCUCAUCUGGCUUGCAUGGCACCCUGGGAGGGGCUGGGAGACUACUACAGAGAAUCCAUCUGUCGCGGCGGCAUACCUGACCAUGCUUUCUGGAGUUUGUUGAUGGCGUGGACGUGCGGACCCGGGAAGCGCGAGGAUGUCGGCGCGAUGGUGGAAAAGUACGGUACUUGGAAUGACUAUUGGGAGGACAAGAAGCCGAAGCUCCGCAACAUCGUUGUUCCAAUGGAGUGGCACGACAUAUACAAACCAGAGAACAACGACGACCUGCAGCGAUUCAUUGACAAGUACAUGCUCGACAAGGAUAACGGCUGGGAAUCCACGCCUCGGGUUCGAUACUCACUCCUGGGCUACAACCGUCCCACCAUCAUCAACGUGCCAAGUGAUCAGUAUCCUCCAGCCAAGUUCAAGUACGAAACGUUGUUCCUCGAUGCGACGACGGGAUCUCUGGGGCCUCAUAAACCGUCCAAGGAGGGCCUGGUUGGGUACCAAGCGGAUUCGCCUUCUGACAACGGAUGCUGGUUCGUCCACACCUUCGAGGAGUACACCGAGCUGUGUGGUAUCUCAAAGGCCAAAGUAUACAUGUCAACACCUGAUGAUGACGAUAUGGACGUCUACGUCGUGCUACGCAAGCUCGACAAGAACGGCAAAGAGCUGUGGCAUCAGAACAUUCCCAUGGAAGACCUCCCAACGGGCACAACAGUGGACGAUAUUCCGAACCAUAACGUCUGGCGCUACAUCGGACCCAACGGCCGUCUUCGUGCAUCGCAUCGCGCCAUCACCUAUGAGUCGCUUACGGACCUUGGCCCAGACGAAUACAAGGAACUGAUGGGACCCGCGUACGUGUACCAUCCUCAUACAGCAACACAGCCAUUACGCCGCGACCAAGUUGUCGAGCUCGAGAUUAGUCUCUGGCCUGGGGGUUUGAUCUUUGAUGCUGGAGAAUCCAUGAGUCUCAAUUCUUAG